AUGACGAUUAAUGAUGAUGACAAACAUAUCACAGUCGUUGCCGGACGCACAAGAAUUUGGCGCUCCAUUACGUCAUCUACGGUGAGCUAUGCAUGCCGAUUGCGAACACUUCUUGCAUUUGCUGAUGUUUUAUUUCAACCCCGAAAUGACUGGCUUAAUAGCAAACUGAUUCGAAAUUUGGGAGGUCAUGCUACAAUAUUUUCUGCUAUUCCUUCUCACUGCGCUCAUAUUGAGACGGUUGUUCGCAAUGAUGCUCCAUUACGAAAUAUGGGUGUGGGUCCCUUUUACAAAGAUUGUAUUCUCUUUGCUGAUGUUGCUGAAGAAGAUAGUGCUGGUGCUAAAGCUGGUGGUAAAAAGAAAGGUGGUGGUAGUAUGCAAACUAUUUCAGCUACACAUCGUGAACAAUUAAAUAAAUUAAUGAAUAACUUAAAACAAACACAUCCACAUUUUGUUCGUUGUAUUAUUCCGAAUGAAAUUAAAACUGGUGGUGUACUUGAUUCACAUUUAGUUAUGCAUCAAUUAACAUGUAACGGUGUACUUGAAGGUAUUCGUAUUUGUCGUAAAGGUUUUCCAAAUCGUAUGAUUUAUUCGGAAUUUAAACAACGUUAUUCAAUUUUGGCACCAAAUGCUAUUCCAAAAGGUUUUGUUGAUGCUAAGAAAGCAACAGAAAAUAUUCUUAAAGAUUGUCAAUUAUCUGAAGAAUUAUAUCGUUGUGGUUCAACUAAAGUCUUUUUCAGAGCAGGUACAUUAGGUCAAUUAGAAGAUAUGCGUGAUGUUGCUUUAUCAAAAAUUGUUGCUGCUUUACAAGGACAAGUUCGUGGUUAUCUUAUGAGGAAAGAUUACAAGAAAAUGUUAGAAAAACGUAUAGCUUUAACUGUAUUACAACGUAAUUGUCGUAAAUACUUAUCAUUACGUAAUUGGCCAUGGUGGAAAUUAUAUACAAAAGUUAAACCAUUAUUAUCUGUUGCAAGACAAGAAGAAGAAAUGAAGAAACUUGAAGAAGAAUUCAAAGGACUUAAAGAAUCUUUAGAAAAAGAAGAAAAAUUAAGAAAAGAAGUUGAAGAUAAUAAUGCAAAAUUAAUUCGAGAAAAAAAUGAUUUACUUACACAAUUGGAAUUUGAACGAGUUGGUUCAUCAGAAGCUGAAGAACGUUUUACACGCUUAGUAACGGAAAAAGCUGAUCUUGAACAACAAGUUAAAGAUUUAGAAGAUCGUUUUAGUCAAGAAGAAGAAAGUGCUCAACAAUUAAAUAAUAAGAGAAAAAAACUUGAACAAGAAAUAGAUACAUUGAAAAAAGAUGUUGAUGAUAUGCGUUUAAAUUUACAAAAAUCUGAAAAUGAAUGUAAAUCACGUGAUACUCAAAUUCAUACAUUACAAGAUGAAAUAGCUCAUCAAGAUGAAAAUAUUGCAAAAUUAACACGUGAACGUAAACGUCUUGAAGAACAAAAUACUAAAACAACUGAACAAUUACAAGCUGAAGAAGAUAAAGUUAAUCAUUUAAAUAAAUUAAAAGCUAAACUUGAACAAACACUUGAUGAAUUAGAAGAUAGUUUAGAACGUGAAAAGAAAGCUCGUGCUGAUUUAGAUAAAUCAAAACGAAAACUUGAAACAGAUUUAAAAACAUUACAAAGUAGUGUAGAAGAAUUAGAUCGAUCAAAACGUGAAUUACAAGAAGCUCUUAAACGUAAAGAUCAAGAAAUUCAACAAAUGGGCGGACGUCUUGAAGAUGAACAAGGACAAGCAACAAGUCUUGGCAAGAAAAUAAAAGAAUUACAAUCACGUGUCGAAGAAUUAGAAGAAGAACUUGAAAAUGAACGACAAUCUAGAACAAAAACAGAAAAACAACGAGCUGAUUUAGCAAGAGAAAUUGAUGAAAUGAAUGAUCGAUUAGAAGAAGCUGGUGGUGCAACAACAUCACAAGUUGAAAUGAAUAAGAAACGUGAAUCAGAAUUACAAAAACUUCGUCGAGAUUUAGAAGAGGCUAAUCUUCAACAUGAAGCUACAGCUGCACAAUUAAGAAAGAAACAUCAAGAUGCUGUUACUGAAAUGGGUGAACAAAUUGAUCAAUUACAAAAAUUAAAGAAUAAAUUAGAAAAAGAAAAACAAACAGUUAAAUCUGAAUUAGACGAUUUACGUACACAAAUUGAACAUGUACAAAAAGGCAAAGCAGCUAGUGAAAAACUUUCAAAACAACUUGAACAACAAUUAAAUGAUAUUCAAAUAAAACUUGAAGAUCACGUUAAACAAAUAACUGAUUUAACACAUGUUAAAACAAAAUUAUUUAGUGAAAAUUCAACUUUAACUAGACAAGUUGAAGAGUUUGAAUCUCAAAUUGGACUUUUAACUAAAGGUAAAACAGCAUUACAACAACAAUUGGAUGAAGCUAAGCGAUCACUCGAAGAGGAAUUACGUGGCAAAGGUUCAGUUAGUAAGUAUAUUUUAAUAAAUAUUCAUAUUUUAUUAUUUAUUUAUUUUCUACCUUCAUAUAAAAAAAAACGAAUAGAAAAUAGAAAUCUCAAAUCAAUAAUAAAUUUAUUUAUUUAUACAUAUGAGAAACAAAAGAACAUAAAUGAAAACAAUAGUUGA